AUGGAAGGCCUCCAGAUGGCACAGAUCAUUGCCGAUCUGCAAGCCCUGCAGAACGCCGUGGGUGCUUCUUCUCCUCCUGCAUCUUCAUCUUCAUCUUCAUGCCCACCUGUUUCUUCCUCAUCAAUGCCUCCUCCCCCCAGCUUCCCUCCAGCUUCUGCUUUGUCCACAAGCAUCCUCUCCUACAUCUUCUGCCGCCCAGGCUUCUCGUCUCUGCCACCGGCUCGAUUCGCAACUACGCAAAUCCAGACACCAAAGAAUGCCGAGACAAAGACAGAGACGGAAGUUAACACCACCGUCCAGGACCCCGCCGCUGCUCAUGCGCUCUUGACGCCCAUGAACCCCAAGCCAGCUCCGGUCAAUUCCACCGGCACAGGAGCCUCCACUCCACAGAGCCGUCGAGAUUCGGGAGCACAAGGGCCAAAGUACGAUAGGAUGGGACGUACGGUCGUCGCGCCGGGUAAACCACCGCCAAACUUCACGAGAGAGGAAUCGGGUGCCAGCACGGGUAGCUCAGUCGGGAUUGGGAGUGCUACCCCAGGUGGAGGGGCUGGUGCUGAGAUGGACGAAGACCUCAAGCGGGCCAAGACCCUCCUUGAGCUCUUCGAGAUGCGCGGCAAGUUCAAGCACAUGGGCGACACGGGAUUAUUGAGAGCCAAGCAGCGCGUUGAUGAUGUGGUCGCCAGACACGCCCGAUCCGAGCUCGACUAUCGCGAGAAGGAAGCCCGCACCAGACAUCUCCGCGUCAACAGAUAG